CCUUCCAACCAGCAAUUCUCCUGGUCUGAAUACUUUCUGGCAUUCAAUGCAGUACGCUGAUGUUUCAUCUCGUAAUGAACGAUCAAAUCUUUCCGAUGCCUAAUUCUGGAGAAACUUGCAGUCGGGUAUAAAUUGGGUGUAUUGAUUAUUUUGACGAAGUGGGAGAGAAUGAAUGUUUUUUGUGCUUUAAAAUCCCCUCCUACAUCAAUCCUCUCUCCCCAAAACCCUCGCAUUUCCCUCCCCUUCUCUUUGUUACCAUCUCCUUCGUGGCCGAACCCUCGCGAUACAGUCGCAAUUGGAGUUAGCUGGGAACGCAACUACGGGAUCGCGGCUUACCGUGACUCAAAACUCCCAUUUUUCUCGUUCUUCCGCUCCUCUCCUACCCGAAACCAUCGAGGAAGGUUGCAGAUUGUAAUGUCGCCUGUUCUGAUAUGUGAUGCGGUUGAAUGGCAAGACUUGAAGAAACACGCGGAGGAGAUAAAAAGAACGCACUUGCGUGAUCUCAUGGGUGAUGUUGACCGUUGCAAGUUAAUGACGGCGGAGUAUGAUGGGAUAAUUUUGGACUACUCCCGGCAGUGUGCAGACCAGGAAACAUUGGAGAAACUUUUGAAAUUGGCAGAGCAGGCAGCUCAUCUGAAAGAGAAAAUCAAUAGAAUGUACAAUGGAGAGCAUAUAAACAGUACCGAGGACAGGUCUGUGCUGCAUAUAGCUUUGCGUGCUGCAAGGGAUUCAGUUAUUCAUAGUGAUGGGAGGAAUGUUGUUCCAGAUGUUUGGAAUGUAAUAGAGAAGAUCAAUAACUUCUCUGAAAGAGUUCGAAGUGGCUCAUGGGUUGGAGCAACAGGAAAGACAUUGAAGGAUGUUGUAGCCGUGGGCAUUGGUGGAAGCUUUCUUGGACCUUUGUUUGUGCAUACUGCUCUUCAGACUGAUCCUGAAGCCGCAGAAUUUGCAAAGGGACGGCAACUACGUUUCCUUGCAAAUGUUGAUCCGGUUGAUGUUGCCCGAAACAUUACUGGCUUGAAUCCUGAAACAACAUUGGUUGUUGUAGUUUCAAAAACUUUUACAACUGCUGAGACUAUGUUGAAUGCUCGAACAUUGAGGGAAUGGAUUUCUGAUGCGUUGGGCCAACAGGCAAUAGCAAAGCAUAUGGUGGCUGUCAGUACAAAUCUGAAGCUUGUGGAGGAAUUUGGGAUUGAUCCGAAUAAUGCUUUUGCUUUUUGGGACUGGGUUGGUGGUCGCUAUAGUGUUUGCAGUGCUGUUGGUGUGCUACCCUUGUCUCUCCAAUAUGGUUUUCCAGUCAUUGAAAAGUUUUUGGAUGGAGCUCGUAGCAUAGACAAACACUUUUAUUCAGCUUCGUUUGAUAAAAAUAUACCUGUGCUAUUAGGUUUGUUGAGUGUAUGGAAUGUCUCGUUUCUUGGAUUUCCAGCUAGAGCAAUAUUGCCAUACUCUCAAGCACUUGAGAAGUUUGCUCCACACAUUCAACAGUUGAGCAUGGAAAGUAAUGGAAAGGGUGUAUCCAUUGAUGGCAUUCCACUUCCUUUCGAAACUGGUGAAAUAGAUUUUGGAGAACCAGGAACAAAUGGUCAACACAGUUUUUACCAGCUAAUACAUCAGGGAAGGGUUAUUCCUUGUGAUUUUAUUGGUGUUGUCAAAAGCCAGCGGCCUGUGUAUUUGAAAGGAGAAAUUGUAAGCAAUCAUGAUGAGCUUAUGUCUAAUUUCUUUGCACAGCCAGAUGCGCUGGCUUAUGGGAAGUCCCCGGAACAGCUACAGAGUGAGAAUGUGGGGAGUCACCUAAUUCCUCAUAAGACCUUUUCUGGUAAUCGGCCAUCUCUCAGUCUUCUUCUACCUUCUUUGUCCGCUUAUAAUGUUGGACAGCUUCUAGCAAUAUAUGAGCACCGAAUUGCUGUUGAGGGCUUCAUAUGGGAUAUCAAUUCAUUUGAUCAAUGGGGUGUGGAGUUAGGCAAGUCACUUGCCUCCCAAGUCAGAAAACAGCUGAACUUGUCUCGCACCUCUGGGAAGCCUGUUGAGGGCUUCAACUUUAGUACCACAUCAUUAUUGAGUAUAUAUCUUCAGGCGGAUACUGGCUUACCACCUGACAAUUCUACAACGCUGCCAAAAUUAUAAAAUAUGUUACACUGAAACUCAAGUCAUGUCUUCACCAGCAGCAGGAAGAUGAACUCUGCUUAUUUAUCUGUUUUAUUAUUGGGAUAAUAAUUGGCAGUUGAGGAUGCCAAUGCUGUAACCCUUAUAGCUUGAACAAUUUCAGGAUAGACCUGUUUACAACCUUAAUAAAUGGUCAAGCAAAUGUAUUUUGAGGGUUCUGAGUUUUGCAGAAACUUGUUUAUGGAAUAAUAAUUUGAUGAGUC